CCUGAGGUGCUGUGGAGCUGGAGAGCCCCCAGGAGCUGUGUUCCGGCAGUCCCCCACCCCUCGGCACGUGGCUGCGCAUCCCUGAGACACCAUGAUCCCCAGCACAGGCCCCCAGGGCUGCUGCCUGCUCGUGCUGCUCUGCCUUCUCCCCUGCCCAUGGGUCUGGGCAGGCGGGGAUGCCGUGGGACCGGCGCUUUCCGCAGCCUCCUUCCUGCAGGAUCUCCUCCAGCGGUACGGCGAGAGCGAAACCCUGAGCCUGAAGCAGCUCAAGGCCCUGCUGAACCGCCUGGACGUGGGAGUGGGACACGCCAACGUCUCCCAGCCGCCGCAGCAGCGCGUGAACCUCUCCCGGUGCUUCAGCUCCGUCGAGCUUUUUGCCAUCCACAAUUUGAGCGAGGGCUCCGCUGUGGGGCACAGCGAGUUCAAGGAGUUUUGCCCCACCAUCCUGCAGCAGCUGGAGUCGGGGGCAUGUGCCUCCGAGAACCUGGAAAAUGAGGAAAACGAGCAGACGGAGGAGAGCAGACCCAGCUCGGCCGAAGUCUGGGGAUACGGUUUCCUCUGCGUGACCGUCAUCUCCCUCUGCUCGCUGGUGGGAGCCAGCGUGGUGCCCUUCAUGAAGAAGACCUUUUACAAGCGGCUGCUCCUCUACUUCAUAGCUCUGGCGAUUGGAACUCUCUACUCCAACGCCCUCUUCCAGCUCAUUCCCGAGGCGUUUGGAUUCAACCCUCAAGAAGAUUAUUACGUUUCCAAAUCCGCCGUGGUGUUUGGGGGCUUCUACCUCUUCUUCUUCACAGAAAAGGUCCUGAAGAUGCUCCUGAAGCAGAAGGACCAGCAUCACCACGGGCACAGCCACUACGGCCCCGAGGCUCUGCCGUCCAAGAAGGACCAGGAGGAGGGUGUCACCGAGAAGCUGCAGAACGGGGACCUGGACCACAUGAUUCCGCACAUAACCAGCGAGCUGGAGUGCAAGACCCCCUCCGGGGACGAGAAGGUUGUGGUGGGCUCCCUCUCUGUCCAGGACCUGCAGGCCUCCCAGAGCGCGUGUUACUGGCUGAAGGAGGUGCGAUACUCCGACAUCGGCACGCUGGCGUGGAUGAUCACCCUCAGCGACGGCCUCCACAACUUCAUCGACGGAUUGGCCAUAGGGGCCUCCUUCACCGUCUCCGUCUUCCAAGGGAUCAGCACCUCCGUGGCCAUCCUCUGCGAGGAGUUCCCGCACGAGCUGGGGGACUUUGUCAUCCUGCUGAACGCCGGGAUGACCAUCCGUCAAGCACUCUUCUUCAACUUCGUCUCUGCCUGCUGCUGCUAUGUGGGUUUGGCCUUCGGCAUCGUGGCCGGCAGCCACUUCUCUGCCAACUGGAUCUUCGCCCUGGCCGGAGGAAUGUUUCUGUACAUUGCGCUGGCUGACAUGUUCCCCGAAAUGAAUGAGGUCAGCCGGGAGGACGAGCAGAACGGCAGCACACUGAUCACCUUCGCCAUCCAGAACGCGGGGCUGCUGACGGGGUUCACCAUCAUGGUGCUGCUCACCAUGUACUCCGGCCAGAUCCAGAUAGGGUAGGACCAGCCGACUUGCAGCCCUGUUCCAGUUUUUCCGUUUGUUUUUUUUUUGGGGGGGAAAGGGGUAUUUCUUUUUUUUUUUUUUCUUUCCUUUUCCUGCUGCAAGCAUACGACGGUACCUGUGCAGGCACUGACAUCACACUACAGAAGAAGAGGCAUUGCUUUUAAAGCUAUUCCACAGACUUCAUUUUAUUUUGGUUGAAGGCUGAGGGGAGCUUAAUCCCCUUUGCCAUAGGACCGAACUGACCGGAGGAUCUCUUUCCAGUGUCAUAUCCCUUCUCUCCUUGCGUCUCCUGGGCAGGAUGGAGUUGGGAGACAGGAGCUCCUCUAGCCGUGUUGCUCCCCUCCUUGUGCUUGGAGCGGUGCGAUGGGACGUGACACUCCCCGACCCCUUUGCGGGGGGAUGCGUGGUGGAGGGCCGCGGGGUACAGGGCUAGCGCUGGACGCGAGCUGCCUCCGCCUGCUCACCUACCAGGGAAUGGAUGCGCAGGGGCUGAAAAGUACCACCACAAAGAAGGGGAACGGGGACCUGCCGUGUUCGCCAGCGUCGCGCAAGGAGCUGGUGUUUCCCUCCUGCAUGGGGAGGUGGUAUCCCGCCUCGGGAGUGCAUAGACCAGGACAGACCCUCCUUCUUCUAAGAAAGUUACCUACCAGCCAAUCCUCAGAGCUGUGCUUUCCAAGCACAGAGGGCUGCUGAGGAAGUGGAGGCUCGAGGAGCACAGCUCCUGAUUUGAGCAUCAUCCUUGCUGUCUUCAGAAACACGUCUCUGUGGAGCCACGUCUGGUUUUGCUCCCGUUCUGCCUUGGCAGCCCGGACAAUGCCCUGGGAAGAGCAGGGUGAAGAGGGUUGGUUUUUUUUUUAAAGCACAUUCUGGGCAUCAGCACUCGGAGCAGAGGACACCAAACCAUGCCCUGUGCGGGUCGGACUGACGGAUGUGGGCUGCGUGGGCCAGCGGCUGGGAGAAGGCUAGCAGGAUGGCUUUACCUGCCUUAGGUCCCUGCUGCUGUAUGAAGGGGGAAAAAAAAACCCUUCUUCUGUGAGAGCAGCCAUAUGGCGAUGCUGGUGAGAAGGGCAUGAGAGCAGUGCGGGGCAAGGGCAGAGCCGGGACGGCAAGCCCCUGCCUGGCCACAGGCUCCCUAGCCAGGGGAUCGGUCCUUAGACUGUGACCAAGCUGAUAUUGACACCUGGGAACGGACACUGGU